AUAUUGUACAAAUUGGAUGUAUGUCCGUUGGAAAUAAAGAAAUACAAAAUAAAGGUUACAUCGUUAAAAAGUUAGUCUGCUGUAAAUAAACAAAGAGAACAAACAAAACGCCUAUAUGAUUAGAUUUAUUUUUGAAACUUAAGGAAGUCUCUAACCUCAAAACAGCCAAAAGGUCAAAAUACUAAUAAAUAUUGGGUUUUGACUUUUUAAUAGUUGAAUACGGAUAUUUAUACAUUGGUUUUUUAACAGGGAUCCAUGCAAUAGUGGCCCACUGCAGUAUAUGAUGAAUCUCUUCCAAAGUAACCUUUGUGCUGCAAAUUCAGUAUUGAGAGUUAUAAAUGCUGCAGUUAAACAAUGCAGGGCUAACUCUGUAUGGGCAACAAAGCGAAAGCCUAAAACGUCAGCGGACGUUGCUUUGGACUACUUUGACAACAUUUAUAGUCCUAUAUUUGGGAAGCAAUGGCCAUCAAUUCGCCUCGCUUUGCUUUCUCCUCACAAAUAUUGUGCAGUUGUCAACAACUAUGGAGAUAAUGACAGUCUCUGCACUCAACUACAAAAUGAGGGAGCUAUAAACAUGAGGGAACUGUUUGAAUCCUACCAAAAUGUGCUGUCAAAGAGAAAGCGAUCUUCUAAAAAGAAAAAAGAGUUGAAACAUGUUUAUGCACUUGAUAAGAAAUUGGAGAAAAUUGUCGCAAAGCAACGUGAUGAAGAACUUGGAAAGAUCUAUCCAGAGGGAGCGGAAAGAUUGCAGCCGGACUAUUCUUCUGACAAAAGCAGUGAUAUAAAUAAAGGGAACUUAGAAACAGAAGAAUUGAUUAAACAGGCUAAAAGCCCUCUGGAAAAAAGUUUGUCAGACGCAAAUAUUGACACAAAUCGCCAGAUCGACCCUGCGGAAGGGCUUUCAUCUAGCAAGCUCAAUGAAUUUGUACCAGUCUCCAAACUCAUUGGCAAGGAAAAUUUUGUAUCGGAGGCUGAACACUUUUCAUUUUUCAAUGAAGCAGAAGACUUUCCAGUCACUGUUGAACCAGAGGAAAGUCUGCACUUCCCUGCACACCUGCAAGUAUUCACCUUCGAUCAGGGCAACAUUUUCUACCUUUACGCCCUCAAAGUCUGGCACAUCUGGUGUUUUAGGUAA